UUAUAUGGGGGCAGCUGGCGCGAUAUAGACGGAGAAGAAGCAGGCAAAGUCAAACGGAGGUUAUCGGGGGGGAAGCUAGCUAACCCGCUAAAAUACCCAACGUAGCCAACACAACAGGUCACCCGUAAGCACUGUGACAUCGACAGCGAUCUAAUUUAACUCGCUGCCGUGUCUGGUACUCACAAAUCAAUACCACGAAAUGAUGGCUUACAGACUCGUGGUCCGCAGAAUUUGGAACUUGCCCGUGAAAGACCUCCGCAGCCCCCAUCUAUGCGCCCCAUCGCCGGCUCUGCUCUCUCGCUCCCUGUCCGUCGCCCCCCGACGAAGUGUGUCGUUCAGCGUACAGGACCACGACGAUUUCACGGACAGGGUCAUCAACAGCAAUCUUCCUGUGUUGGUCGACUUCCAUGCACAGUGGUGUGGCCCUUGCAAGAUCUUGGGGCCCAGGUUGGAAAAGGCGGUUGCUAAGCAACAGGGUCGCGUCGCCAUGGCGAAGGUUGACAUUGACGAUCACACAGACUUGGCCAUCGAGUAUGGGGUGUCGGCUGUUCCCACGGUGAUCGCAAUGCGGGGCGGCGAUGUCAUCGACCAGUUUGUCGGGAUCAAAGACGAAGAGCAGCUCGACUCAUUUGUGGGGAAGCUCAUUGGACAGUGAAUGUGUCGCUCAACCCCUACCCCUCCACCCCCGGAAGACUGACUAUCACCACCACCCUACCCCCCCCUUUCUGAGCCUAUGGCCACUGAGCCAGUACCCCACCCCCAACCCCCAAAAAAACGCGCACACACACGGGCACAGACGCAUACGCACCCUUCAGCUCUCCGCUUCUGCCGAGUCCUCUGUUCAACGUAACCGCAAAUGUGCUUUGUACUUACCGCUGAGCUCAUGAUAUCGUGUUGAAUAUUGGGAAACGGAAAAAGGACUCUUGGGUUCCAUAAAGAUGACACGUCCUUAAAUGUGACACUCAAAUUUGGGAAAGCACUUUGUAGUCAGGUUGGACAAGAGUCCUGAAUUAUUUGCUCCCUCUCUCUCUCUCUCUCAUCGCCUGUCUUUCCUUUGAUAUUUAUAGGUGUUUGUCUGCGUAUCAUUGGGAGUUGUGUGUGUGUUUCUCUGUCUCAGAAUGUAUGACGGUUCCCACAGCCACCUUUCAAACUGGUAAAAGAGCCUUUUACUUUUACAAUAGACCGUAUAUGGACCACACUCAGAACUGCCACAUAUAGUAUAAAGUAUUAAUGCGAUGCUUUGAAUGAGGUGCGCACAUAUUGCUGUCUGCAGUUGUCGAUUUUGUCCACAAGGGGGCGGUCUUUAUCAUGGCCGCGGAGCGCGCUCGGUCUUGAGGCCUGCAGGCCGCAAAGUCAUUUUAUACCGCUUUGCCUAAAAAGUCAAGAGUGGAAUAUGUCUGUUAUUCAGUGUGUAGGCCUACGCAUCUCAGACGGUCCUCGUUGCUCUGUUUUGACUGUGAAAUUUGCAUUGUAUGGGAAAUGCAUAUAAGGUUAUGGGUUCGAGAUUUUAUUUUAAUUACAUAUAAAAUGUGAACUAAUAAAGGAUAUUAAAGGUU